AAGACAGAGAGCACUUCUUAAAGGGCCUCAGCCAUGCCAGAGUCUCAGAAAUGAUCUCCCAGAGCUUCAGCACUGGAAUUUUAAUGGGUCUACAGUUCUAAUGAGUACGCCUGGAAAUGUCUGGAAAGGACUUACACGUGUACCAGCCUUGCUUUGCCUUCUGUGUCUGCUGCAAAUCUCUUUUCAAACAGAAGGAGUCACUAUUACAAUUCCUCAUGUGGUAAUCAAUGCAACUGUUGAUGAGAAUGCAACGCUAUCUAUGGACUAUUCAUGCAAAGGAUCUCCUACCAUUCAGUGGAAAUACAUGUCGGACUGGUACACCACAAACAUCACUGUGUGGGAACCACACAUGUAUGAGAACACUACGGAGGCCUACCAGGACAGACUGAAUUUGUAUGAGAAUGGAUCGAUACAAAUACUCCGUGUGCAAAUUUCUGAUGCCGGUUUUUAUGUGGUUACAGUGACAGAGGACUCUGGAGCCGGCAAAGAAGGAAUUAUGGUGUUGAAAGUUCAUGAGAAGAUCUUUGAAGAUCUGCACGUUGUGUCAAUUGCUGUUACCUUCCUUGUAUUUAUUUCUGGUUUCAUUAUGAUAUCAAUGUGGCUUCUGAAUAAAUGUGUGGAAAAGCAUCUUAAACAGAAGUGGAGCCUGACACUGCAAGAAUCUUCAGACAUAGAAGUCAUGGAACUACAGCCACUCUGACCCACUGCAGCCAACUUUGUAAAGCAGCUCUCACAACUUGCAUGUGAACAUUCAAUGACUUUGUCAAAGAAGACUAUGAAAUUCUUUGACUCAUUCGACUUGAGAACAAGGAACCAUUAUUGGCUAUCUCAGCUAAUGGUAAGCUUCGACAAAAACACAAACAAAUAUUUGUGCGCACUGAUGGAAUUCCAGGUUUGCAAAUACUUUCCAGUAUAAUCUUUUUAUUCUUGACUGGAUGAAUGCAGGUCAAAGGGUGGUGAAACUCCAGAAUUAUUUUUGUAAUCUUUUCCUGAACUCCAUUUCACUCCAUUCUAGGUUUCUUUUGCGAAAAAUGAUAUUAAAGUACUUCAAAGAUACAAAAAUACACAAAACAUGUUUACUAAUGUGAGAAAGAAAUUUUCUGGAGUAACACGUCAAUGUCAAAAGUGGCACUGUGACUUACUCCAAAAGUAAGUUUAAUCUAACAGAAAUGAAGGAUGAUGUCAAGACUACUGCUGCUGUCAAUGGCAGGCUUGCAGAAUGUUCUGGUAUGUUAUAGGAAGGAGAAAUCCCUCUUCUGAAGGUCAAAUCAAAUUGAUUGGGUUUGCAAACAAAAAGGUGCCUGUAUAAAAAUAAAACAAUUAUGAAAAUGUGGAAAGACGAAAGUCAUUUGAUUUACGCAGUAUUGCGGGAUUUCAGACAAGUCUGAACGUCAUAUUCAAUGGAUCUCAAAAUGCAAGCCAUUAAAGAGAUGUGGCAAUCAACAAUAAUCCCACCAUCUUCCUGUCCUGGAUUACUUUCUGACUGACUGAAAGUCAAAGCCUGCUCAACACAAAACACAGAAGAGAUUUUUGACAGUUUAUAAAAGACAAACAUAACUUAUUUAACAAGGUUCACUAAAAUGAUUACCUUAAAUGCACUUUAAUUAAUGUAUGCUUGCAUAUUUAAGAAUACCUGCUAUUGUAAUAAUUAAAAUAAUACAACUUGUC